AUGGACAACAACAACAACAACAGCAGUAUUCAGGAUAGCAACAAGAAUGAGAUAGGCGGUCAGGGCGAUGGGGGCGAUGAUGGCGGCUUGCCUCUUGUACAAUGUGUCGCAAGAGCUCGCAUCCCCACUACACAGGGCCCGGAUAUCUUUUUGCAUCUGUACAGCAACAAUCGCGACAAUAAGGAGCAUUUAGCCAUUGUGUUUGGCGAGGAUAUACGGUCGCGGUCGCUAUUCCGCUGGAGACCUCAGGAGACGCAGCAGGAUAGAAUGAUCAGGGGCGCUUAUAUCGGCAAACUCUACCCUGGCAGGACGGUGGCAGACGAGGAUGAUAGGCUCGGGUUGGCACUAGAGUUUGACGAUACUACGGGGGAGUUGCUGGCCUCCAAGGCCACGACAUGGGACGUCCGCAACCGCACGCUGGUGCGGAUUCAUUCCGAGUGUUACACUGGUGAGAACGCCUGGAGUGCCCGCUGCGACUGUGGUGAGCAGUUCGACAGGGCCGGCAGACUCAUUGCGUGCGAUCACGAGGUCGCAAGCGGCAUCAAGGGCGGUAGCGGCCACGGUGUUAUUGUGUAUCUACGGCAAGAGGGUCGCGGGAUCGGGCUGGGCGAGAAGCUCAAGGCAUACAACCUGCAAGAUCUGGGGGCUGACACAGUACAGGCCAACCUGAUGCUAAAACACCCUGUGGACGCUAGGGACUUCUCGCUGGGCAAGGCCAUUUUGCUGGACCUGGGUAUUGGCAACAUCAGGCUGCUGACAAACAACCCGGAAAAGAUAAAACAAGUGGAUCACGCACCCCUUCUCAAGUGCGUCGAACGAGUGCCCAUGGUCCCCAUCCACUGGACAAACUCCAACGAAGGCAUAGACUCCAAGGAGAUAGAGGGCUACCUCAGGACGAAGAUAGAAAGGAUGGGCCAUCUGCUCACGGAGCCCUUGAAGCUUCACACGAAUGUUCAAUCUACUGAGGCAAACCAAACCCAAACCCAAACCCAAACCCAAAAGCAAAUGAACGCUGCGUUGUCAUCGACAUCCACGCUGGCAAUAUAA